CGAAGAGUAGAGAACCAAUAAGACCGUAGUCAAACAAGUCAGUGAUUCAGUUGUCCUAUGCGAUUCUCGCAGCUCUCUCACUUUGUUUCCCAACGAACCUUCCUCCCGCGGGAGAGAGUGCAGUCGACGCGCCCCUGCAUCGGCCGCUUGGACUCUGCUCCUCUCCUGCCGUUGAAUUUCCGAUCAGAGGGUGACUGGCGGCCUAGCUUACGCGGUUUGUUGUCGAUUGUAAACUCAUCUUUUCUAUCUUUGCUUUAUCUGUUUCAUUUUGGAAAAGGUCAAUAUGACAAAUUACUCAAACAGAAAAAGUUCAUCAGAACAGGAAUAUGAGAAGGCAAUUGUGCCUAAAGAAGAGAUCUUGGAUUCUGAGUUGCCUUCAGAUCCUGCAUUUUCAGACCAUUUCGGGAACAAUGUCGCAAGUUCAUCGGGUAGCAAUUCCAGAUCAGAUUUGAUUGGAAUGGGAUUUUCACCAUCACUUGUGGACAAAGUGAUUGAAGAAAAGGGUGAAGGCGACACAGAGUUGUUAUUGGAGACCCUUUUGUCGUAUCCAGAUUCUCGAAAGUCAGAUUCUGGAUCAUCUGAUUCUCUGGACAGCUUAUUUGAUGACAAGGAUGUAAGCAGUCAUCCAGAGAUUCCUAAUAUUGCUGAACCAAAAGAGGAGCCAGAUUUGCCAGAUGGACUUAAUGAGGAAAAAAGGGCAUCCUUACUGAUGAUGAAUUUUUCUCCAAACGAAGUUGAGUUUGCAAUUGAUAAGCUUGGUGAAGACGCUCCAAUUGAUGACUUGGUGGAUUUUAUUUUUGCUGCUCAGACAGCAGUCAAACUUGAAAAUGAUGUAGAUGAUACAACUCAUGGUGGUGAAGAAAAAAAUGAGGAUGCUAAUGAUGAAAAAUUAUAUGGGACCAUGGAGAAGACACUCCGUCUGCUUGAAAUGGGUUUCUCCGAGAAUCAAGUUUCUUGGGUAAUUGAAAGGUUUGGUUCAGGAGCUCCAAUUUCUGAACUUGCGGACUCAAUCAUUAAAUAUCAAAUUUCUGGAAACUAUUAUGAAGAAACUAAGUACUCAGCCCCUUCACGCAGUGCAACAGGUUCCAGAUUUUAUGCUACAGGAUCAUAUGAUUCAGUUAAAGUUGAAAACGAGGAAUUCUAUCCACAUGCAGUUUCUCAAUCAAGGGGUGGUAUUUUAACAAACAAUUUAGGGAAGAGGCCUAAGCAAGAGUUUAGUGGUGAUGAUUCAAAUGUUGUUCCGAAUGCUGUUCCUCAGUUCAGGUCGUCCAGGCAGAUAGCUGAAGAAAAGCGUAGAGGGAAAAGGCCAAAACAAGAGUACGUUCAUAAUUCAAACUCUCUCCUUGACCCAACAUGGAUGGAAGAAAAAGUUGACCCUGAAACUGGCAAAGUUGGAAUUCCAAAACUUUUCAACAACAAUCCUGGCAAAAGUGUGAACCUAAUGGUGGCUAAACCUCCAUAUUUCUUUUAUGGAAAUAUUGUGAGUUUAGCAUAUGAUUCCUGGGCAAAAAUUUCUCAGUUCUUGUAUGGUCUUGAGCCUGAAUACGUGAAUACUCAAUUCUUCUCGUCCUUGAGUAGAAGGGAAGGUUAUGUACACAAUCUCCCCACGGAGAACAGGUUUCGCAUUGUUCCUGAGCCACCAAUGACCAUUGAGGAUGCAAUGCCACAUACCAAGAACUGGUGGCCUUCGUGGGAUACAAGGAAGCAAGUGAUGUGCAUCAGUUCUGAAACCAGUGGGAUAUCUAAUCUUUGUGAUAGGCUUGGAAGGUUGCUUUCGAAUUCUCAUGGACUGCCCUCUCCUGAGCAACAAAGGGACAUCAUUCAUCAUUGUCGCUCAUCUAAUCUUGUGUGGGUUGGAAAACACAAAUUAGGCCCUAUAGAGCCUGAAUAUUUAGAGCGCAUCCUAGGCUACCCAUCGAGUCACACUCAAGUUCCCGAAUGCAGUUUAGCAGAAAGGCUUCUCUCACUUAAAUAUUGCUUCCAGACAGAUACUUUGGGUUAUCAUCUUUCUGCUCUGAAGUCUAUGUACCCAGAAGGAUUAACAGUUUUCUCAGUUUUCAGUGGAAUAGGUGGGGUCGAAGUUGCUUUGCACCGGCUUGGCAUUAAAUUGAAAGGAGUUGUAUCUGUAGAAACUUCCGCAACGAAGAGGAAGAUCCUAAGGAGGUGGUGGGAGACAACGAGACAGACUGGGCACUUGGAGCAAAUCGAAGAUGUUCAAAAGUUGACAAGCAACAAGCUUGAAAAUUUGAUGAGGAAAUUCGGUGGUUUUGAUUUUAUCAUUUGUCAGCAGCCGUGCAGUGACUCAAUUUCUAAGCUUCCUCCAGAGAGUGACUUUGUCCCAGGUUUUGACUUCUCCUUGUUUUAUGAGUUUGUUCGUGUUUUGCAACGCGUGAGAACUAUGUCAGAAAGAAAGAGCUGACAGUUUGUAUGCUCCUCAUGGAUUUUGUGGUACAUCUAUUAUUUUUUUAAGAAUAAGUAGACUAGUUCUUUCUUGAAAAA